UUAUGCAGACUGCUGUGCGUGGAAGAUGUAACACUUGUAGAAGUCGCGAUAAGUCCAUAACUUUCGCAAAAUAAACUUCAAGUGACAGGAAUACGUGAUGUGGAAGCUAAGUCGAACAAAGUCGUGCGUAGUCAAAAUAUACUUUUCAUUCACAACGACAAGAAAUUAAAAUGGGAAGCGGUAUCUUAUCAUUGUUUCCCAGGAACAACAGGUAGGAAGCUUAAGCCACGAAAGAAUGACCAGAUAAGUCGGCCUAAUAACAGCAAUGUGUACCUGACAUAAAAAGGCCUAUGCUUUAUAUGGGCAGAAGCGCCCAUACAUAUCGUGGACUUCAAAUGACAACAAAUUUGAUUUAAGUAACGUUCAACAAUUGCAGUGAACUCCCAGAUACAGAAAGAUGGAGCAUGCAGAUCUUGUUGCUGAAAUGGCUCAUGUGGAGCACUUGAGCACUCAGGAACGCCUCCAUCUGGCUCGUCGGCGGAGGCUACAACAGCUGAAACUAUGGAGCCAGCGCGAGAAAGAAUGGAUGAGGCACAGGGGAAACUCCAGAGAAAUCAGCAAGUCAUCAAAGCGGCAUAUAUAUUUUAGUGACAGUGUAAUGCUGCUAGAAGCAGCAGCCAGAAAUGAUAUAGAUGAAGUGAGAAGACUUUUAAUGAAAGGUGUUAGUCCUGACUCAACAAAUGAAGAUGGCCUUACUGCUUUGCAUCAGUGCUGCAUAGAUGACAAUGAGGAAAUGAUGAAACUGCUUAUAGAGUAUGGAGCAAAUGUAAAUGCAGAAGAUAGUGAAAAAUGGACUCCUCUUCAUGCCGCAGCUACUUGUGGCCACUUACAUCUUGUUAGAUAUCUCAUUAGUAGGGGUGCCAAUUUACUGGCUGUCAAUGCAGAUGGAAAUAUGCCAUAUGACAUUUGUGAAGAUGAAGCUGCACUGGACUAUAUAGAGAGUGAGAUGGCACGAAGAGGUGUUACACAAGAACUUAUUGAUGAAACACGUGCUUCCACUGAAACUCAAAUGCUACAAGAUCUGCAGGAAGCUGUUGCCCUUGAUCUGGAUAUUGAAGCCGCUGAUCAGCAGGGAGCCACACCUCUACACAUUGCUGCGGCCAAUGGAUAUCUAAGAGUGGUGGAAUAUCUCCUAGAUCAACAUGUUUCAACAGAAGUCAGAGACAGUGAUGGGUGGCAGCCUGUCCAUGCAGCAGCCUGCUGGGGUCAUCUGGAGGUUCUGGAAAUGCUGGUACAGAAUGGCGCUGAUCUGAAUGCGAAAACACACCAUGAUGAAACUCCUGCAGAUAUCUGUGAAGACCCAGAACUCCGAGAACGCAUCCUUCAGUUACGUACUGAACAAGAAACAAAACGAAUGCAAGAAGCAAAGAAGGGUCGUGUAAAACGUUCACAGUCAAAUACGCGUACACAGUCUGUGAGAAGAACAUCCAUCCGUGAUAAAGUUCUCACCACAAAGAAAGACGCUGUUGAAGAAGCUAGGUUGAGGUUGCAAGCCCGGGAAGUGUUUGCUCCUCAACCGGAUGAUGGGGACUCACGUGCAGCUUCUGAUGUAUCAACAGAAAACUUUGUCAAUGGCAAUGUAGCACAAGAAAUUGUGCCAAAUGCUGCUCGACAUGCACCUGAUGGCAAGGAUGAUUCUAGUGGAAUGACUGCUGUUGUAGAAGCCCAAGAUGUGAAAGGUCCUCCAUCAGCUCUAGAAAUACCUGCAGAAACUAGUUACGUGACUGAAGGAAAUGGUAAAAUAAACAUAAACGUCACAGUGACAAUCAAUGCAGGAACAUUGGCUGACUUAAAGAAACAACGAGCACAGAUUAGAAACAGCAGUCCAACAGAAGUGACUGGUGGUUCUGCACCACUGUUACUAUCUCCUGCAUCAGUGACAGGAUCUGACAUGCUACUGACUGACAGCUCUGCCUCACCACCUGUAAGGCGUUUCACUGGUAACACUAGUGAAAUUGUUGGUGAUCCACGUACCCGCCGUUGCUGCAUAAUCUCAUAAGGAAUGACCUUGUGUGUUUAAGCAGCAGAGAGAGAGAGAGAGAGAGAGAGAGAGAGAGAGAGAGAGAGAGAUUGUGAUUGCAUUGUGAUGCAG